UUUACAUUUUUUAUUGUAAUGUGCAAAAUAUCAAAAUCUAUUGUAGAUGUCAAAAAGGAUAUAUAAAAGUAAAAUGUCAUGCAUAAAAAUACAUGAACAUUUGUAAACAAUAAUUUUAACAGUAUUUCUUUAUUUUUUUAAUGCAUGAAAAAGCUAAAGUAGUGACGGUCUUGCAGCGCCCUCUAGUGGCACAAAUGUUUCUGCAGGUUGAAUGACUGGAAAAAGUUGCAAAAAGAAAAUAUUUUGUUUAAAUAUAUAUAUUUUAAAUAAAUAUUGAAAAAAUAUUAUCUUCAGUUAUAUAUUUUAGUCUUAUAAAAGUGGUAAUACUCUCAAUUAUACCUAUGAAAUUAAAAAAAUAUACUGCAAAAAAUAAAAAAAAGUUAUUUUCUGAUCUGAAAUAUAAAAUAAUAAUAAAAAUAUGAUGAAAAAUCGAACCGUUUUUGCUGAAGGGGUGCAGACAGGGGGUGUUGCAGGGAGGGUCCAGCCCCAUUCGUCUGCAUCCAGCUGUUUUUGCAGCUCAGCCUCACUUUCACCAUGGCUGUAGCCACGAGCAGGACGCUUCUGGCGCUCUUCCUCACGUUUAGCGCUCCGGGAUGCGGAUGGACAGAUAAAGCGCGUCACCUUUCAUCAACAGCGGAGAAACUCCCGCGGUCACAAAAUGGGAAACAGACAUCUCUGGAUGAGAUCUUGAGGGAAAUCUGGGAGCCUCCGAUUCAUCUGGAUGGAAGACCGGUUGAUCGCUUCUUCACAAGCUCCAGCAGCAAACCCACCAGACUGCACCGCUUCUCCAAAGUCAGCAAGGACAGCCGCGCUCAUCUGCUGGAGGAUUUGGACCCUGAUUGGGUUGACCUUGAUGGCUUUGCUGUGCUGGGUAAUGCACCUGUCCGGAACUCGUCAGCAGGUUCAGUCAGAUCCUCACAAACUGGUGUCAGAAAUUACUCCACUGCAGGGCGGAACGCCAAAGUGGACCGAACGGCUCGCCCGGCGGGCGGGACGAGCGCCUUGAUUAAAAGGCGGGCACCUCAGUCCUCGUCGGGUCCCAGACAGCCGGAUAGAUCUGCGUCAGGGGCCCCCAUGCUACACAAAAGACGUCAACACAACACCAAGCGUCAGGCGGAGCAAAUAAACCGAUACAGAACAAAACCAUCUGAGUCCGUUCAUAUGGUGUCACUACAGGCACAGACGGCCCAGGGCCUGAGGGCACCCCCUAUCAGAGCAGCCGCAGUCAAAUCAAUACCAGAACCGCCUAUAAACGAAGCCCGGGACAUCAACGUGAGGGUCAUGUCCCCUAAAUCAGUCCUCAUCUCCUGGGUUGACCCUGCUGUUGAAAUGGGGAAAGUUUCCCCAGAGGCAUCCAGGUCAUACACGGUCAGGUUCAGGGAGAAGGGAGAGUCGGCGCGCUGGGAGUACCGGGAGAGCUCCCAAAGGAGAGUGAUGAUAGAAACACUGUCUGCUGACGGGAUGUAUGAGUUCUCUAUCAGGAUCUCUGAAGGAGAAAAACACAGCGAGUGGAGUGCCUCUGUUUUCCAAAGGACCCCGGAGUCAGCACCAUCUGGACCACCUGAAAACUUUGAGGUCAAGCCGCUAAGAGGAAAAGGGACAGUUGUUACUGCAACGUGGGACCCCCCUGAAGAACCAAACGGAAGAAUAAGAGAGUACAUCUUAUCUUAUGCGCCUGCAAUGAAGCCGUUUGGAAUGAAAAGCUUGACUUACAGCGGCAGCACUACAACAGCCACCAUAGAUGGCUUGACCCCAGGAGAACGCUACAUCUUCAAAAUCCGAGCCACCAACAAGAGAGGAAUGGGUCCCCAGAGCAAGGCCUUCAGUGUGGCCAUGCCAAAGUCUAGCAGUGGUGCCUCGUCAUCUUCAAAAACCAAGCACAGCCAGCAGACCGUGGAUUCUGAAGACAAAUCCAGUGUCCGCUCAACGGAGGUGCCACCAGCUACGACGCCUCAAAUCCGCCCCGCCGGCAGGCGACUCCGUCCACUGUCCCAAACGCGCUCCUACCACAGUAUUUUCUCCUCUAUUAGAGGUUCGGUCAGACAUGUCUCCAACAGAGGAAAAGCCAAAGAUGAUGAGGUGGAAGACAAAAUCACCCCAACACCACCAUCAACAGAGGAGACAACAACUGUGACGGUCGUCCCAGAGACAAAGAAAAUUGACAACAAUGUUGAUUCUGUAUCUGAAGAGAAAUUAGAAUACGAUGAAGAACCCAAAACUACAAACCCGCCAAGCCUCAAAGUUUUAACACCUUCACCAACUAAACCUGUUCAUAGAAAUGCAUUUCGACCGAACAGAAGGCCGGUCAAGAUCAGGGUGCAUCAGAAAAGUGGAUCCAAAAUCGUUUCGUCUUCCUCAAAUAAGGACUCAUCUGUAAAAUCUUUAGAUUCUUCAUCUUCUGCCAAAUCCUCCUCCAUUUCUUUAAAUUCCUCCUCAUCCUUGCCUUCUUUGUCUAUGUCGUUGUCCUCUUCUGUAUCCUCCUCCUCUUCACAGAUUCAAAACCCAGAGGCUAGAAGAGAAGCAAAUGUUGCUGCUACAUAUCCACACAGCCCAAAUAUCUACAGUAAAACCAAUAGAACCGAAUCAAAGCCUUCCACUGCCAUUUUAAAUGGAGCAAAUUCCCAAAAGAUAAACAUUAGAGGUUCUCUGGCAGGGCGCAGCAGCAGCAGCUCUGGCCUCGGAGUGCGCUUUGGUCGAAAACAUCCCAGACUUUUUGUCAAAGGUAAUUCUUCCCAAAUUUCCCAGAGCUACAAACCUGCUGCUGCUACAAGACAAUCUUUAAACCCACAAAGUACAUCAAAAACUGAGUCAGCUUCACCAGAAAGAGCUGACAACCAAGAAACACAAAAUACUUUUAAUCCAAAAGCAUCACAGACAACUCUGAAAAGCAGUCCAGACAUCUUAGCAGCGAUAGAUUCAAGUGUAUUUGACAAGUCGCAGUUAACAAUAGACUCUGGGCUUCAUGGUUCAACAGCAAUACAGGAUAACAAGCCAUCCACUUCAGGUUCUUUUCUCUCAACUGCACAAGGAGUCUCUCCUAAUUCAGCAACUUUACACAUUUUACAGGGUUCACAGAAAUCUACCAAUCAAGACACGACAUACAGAGAAGCAACACAUCUCACUCCAGACAAUGAUCCGAAUAAAGCAGAGGUCACUAAACUGGAGGAACCAUCUUUCGGUUCAGAAAGACAAGUCAUAGAAACAGGGAAAAGAGGAGACAAAAGCGGAAAUGGAAAGAGAGUACACUCCCGAACAAGACUCAGUCCUACGUUUGCUGAAAGAUUCCCUUGGUUAGCAAGUCGAUACCCAGGCAGAUUUGACUCCAAGUCAAGGGGCUCACUCCCCAGGCAGAGCAGUAGGGCGCCGCUGACCCGGGUUUCAUCCUCCGUGGGUGCUGGCAGACCACUUUUAACAGGGACUCCAACCAGACUCUCAGGAGCUGCAGGGUCAUCGAUACAAGAGACCAAAGAAGACCUGAGAAUUUCACCGGCUCAAGAUACUCUGAGUAACACAGCUGGGUCUAGUUUAGUUCAGUCUAAUCAAAACGUGGCAAGUGACACCAGAAAACCACUCAUCUCAGUCUCUCCUUCAGCUUCAGACUCUGACUCCCAUCACUUCUUGAGUGGAAAGCGACCUUCCAGUGAACACACUAACAUUAAGGAGAAAUUGGAAAAUCAUCUCCUAGUGAGGAGUGGAGAGGAUGGAAAUGACCUUGCAGAAAGUUAUAAAGACUCUACCAUCACCUCUAUCAGUGAAAGAACUGCUAACAAUAGAGACAAUGUGGGCAGAAGAGAAGCUUUGUCCAGAACCAAUCCUAGUCUUUCCUCCAGAGUGAUCCAAAGUCCCCGUCGUCCUGGCGUAGGGAUGACCGGGAAUGGACGCUCUUCUCAUCUGAAUACCAGGCAGUUUGGUGGAUCAAGACUUCCCAUUAGACCACAUGCAGCGCAGAACUCCAGGCUAGAUGCUUCGUCACCCGAAUCAGUGGACUUCUCUUCUUCAAACAUACCCCUGCCAGACCUAACGUCAGACCGCAACGUCGGCGGCUCAGCUACUGUAACUAAAACAGGUGGACUAAUGGAGGACAAUUCCCAAACAUCAUCGAGAGACAGUUCAAGAAAUCACGGAAGCAGGCGUCGCUAUCCAGUCAUUAGAGGGAAACCAAACGGAGGAAACGGUAGAAAUGGACGACUAAAUCUAACAGCAAGCAACGAAAAAGACUCUUUGACUUCUCUUGGAAGUAGCAAGAUUCCCAGUCAAAAGUUUAUAACGGGACCUGAUGGAACUAAAUGGAUGAUUGACUUUGAGCGAGGAUUUCUCAUGAACCAGGAUGGACAAGUUCUCCAGGACUCCCAAGGGCGACCAAAGAGGGUGGUUCUUGGAGAGGAUGGACGAACCAUUUUCGAUCACAUGGGAAGUCCUCUCUUGAACCAGGAGGGUCUUGCUCUUUUUGGCCAUGGCAGAGACAGUCAACCGGUGGUCAACCCCAAGAACAAACUUCUCAUGGUUGGAGGAAAACCAGUUCUCGGUCUAGAUGUCUUUCAUCCAAAGUCCUUUAGCACCAUCACCACCACAACAGCUCGUCCGACCACACAAGAACCCACCACCACAGAAUGGAGCUCUGAGGAGUUUUCCACAACACUGCCGUUCCCAACCUGCCCACCUGGGACUUUCUCCAAAACAGAUGAAUUUGGAUAUCCGCUUUUGGACCAAGAAGGGAUUUUGGACUGUUAUCCAGAAGAGGACGCCUCAGGAAUGGAAACAGACGACUUGCUUUCUGUGUCCAUGGUGCCUGAUGCUUUAGCUCUUGAGAAAGAUGAGCUUUUAGUCAAAACAACGUCGGUGCCAACUACCACCAGAACCACCACAGAGACUCCAACUCCGGAGCCAAACCGGCCGAUGAACAGAGGUCCUUCAUCUGCGUUUGAUCUCAGCGGGAAGGAACGAUUCACAGCUCCGUACGUGAACUACAUCCGGAAGGAUCCGGGAGCUCCUUGCUCUUUAACCGAAGCCCUCGAGUUCCUCCAGGUGGACGUCCUGGCGGACUUGAUGAAAAAAGACCACCAGGCAGCCAGUCAGAAGGAGCCUCCAAAACAUAAACCUCAUAACCUCACGGUGGUGGCCAUGGAGGGCUGCCACUCGUUCAUUAUUCUGGACUGGGCUCGGCCGCUGAAGGGCGACAUGGUGUCAGGCUACAUGGUCUACAGUGCCUCAUAUGAUGACGUCCUCAAAAACAAGUGGUCCUCCAGACUGUCCAACGGGACACAUUUACCAGUGGAGAAUCUCAAACCCAACUCCAGGUACUACUUCAAAGUACAGGCCAAGAAUGUGUUCGGUUUGGGUCCGGUCAGUGAGACGCUCACUUAUGUCACCGAAUCAGACGAUCCUCUUCUCAUUGAAAGGCCACCUGGUGGAGAACCAAUCUGGAUCCCUUUCACCUUCAAGUACAACCCGGCUCACAGCAGCUGCAAAGGCAGCCAGUACGUCAAACGGACCUGGUACAGGAAGUUUGUGGGCGUGGUUCUGUGUAACUCGCUGCGAUAUAAAAUCUUCAUGGGCGAUGGCCUGAGAGACUUGUUUCACAGCAUAGGAGAUACAGUCGGCCAGGGUGAAGAUCACUGCCAGUUCGUUGACUCCUACAGGGAUGGAAGAACCGGCCCGAUCUCUUAUCAUCUGCCCUCAGCACAGGGAUAUUACCGAGCCUACAGACAAGAACCAGUCAAAUUUGGAGCCAUCGGUCCCCGUUCUCCCCACUCAAUCGUCGGCUGGUAUGAAUGUGGGGUUCCCAUCCCCGGAAAGUGGUAACACUGGAGGACGAAGAGACAUCUGUGUCGUCUGUUCACACCUUUCCCCUGAGCAGAGAGAACAAGGACACCACUGAGAAUGAGAAAUUGGUACUCCAGUGUAUUUCACUACAAUGCACUUUUUAUAUAAAGCAAUCUGUAUAUGAGGAAAAAACGAGGCAUGUGUGCUCAUCUUAAAGCUUACUGCUUGUAUUAUUCCAUAAACUGAUCUUUAUCCAGUGUUAUUUAUGUCAUCAGUAAUGAAUGGUCGUGUGGUCAAUUUAGUAAUAUUGGGUUUUGAUGAAAACUGUAAUUCCUCUAUUUAAAGGGAUAACACACAUCUGACAAGAGAAAACUUCAAUAAAAGUUGGGUUUUACUGUCAGCCAAUCUCUUUUUUUUUAUCACAUUUGUGUAUAGAUUCUGGAUACGUUUUGUGUAUUUACUAUUUCUUAUGCAUGUUUAUUUUCUAUAUUGAAGUUUCAAUGUGGCUAUAAAUUCACACCAAAACCAACUCUGGGUGUCAAAUAUAUCAAAAUGUUAAAAUAUAAACAAUUUUUAAUUUUACGGUGAAUGGGUAGAGCUAGAAUUAAAAAAUAUUAAUUAAAUUGUCAAAUAGGGGAUAAAAAAAAGAGGAAAAUUUCCCCUUUAAAGCAUCAAUUUUAGUGUUUUGCUUCUUUAAGUUUGUUUAUUUGUUCAAUUAUUAUUUUUUUUAACCAACCUUUUAGUGAUCAUCACAUGAAAAUCAAAGUUAAAUUUAAUAUUUGCUCAGGAACUGUUGAUGAUUGAAUAAAGGUGCUAUGAAAACCACAGCAGUUUAA